GAAAAAUCCGAAAGCGUUCAAGCUCAACAACAUUUAUUUUUUACCCUUGAGUGUACUGAAUGUCUAAAACUCAAGUGUUUGUUUAUCCUGCUGGGGUUUUAAAUACACAUUUACAGCGGUGGGAAUUAAUCUGCGGCUUUCAGACGGUUCCUGGUGUAAAAAGGUGAACUUUGCGCCUCCUCCUCACUGCAAAGAUUUGAAGUAUGGAUAGAGUGGGAGUGAAUGUGAUUGAAACAGCAGCUCUAGGGAGACCCUUCCAGCUGGGGAUGCUGUACGACUGCAGGAAAGAUGCUCUUAUACCAGGAAUCACACUGUGGGAUCCAGAAAAGCUCCAGCAGAGCAUACGAACCCGUCCCCAAAUUAACACCAAUUUCAAAGUCACGGCUUCAGACUCCAUUGAGGACAAAUCAAGCUUACUGAACAUCGACGGCUCUCUGAAACUCAGUCUUUUAGCUGGACUGAUCAAUGUGACAGGAGCAGCCAAAUAUCUCAAGGACACCAAGACGUCUUUCAGACAGCAGAGACUGACGCUGCAUUAUCACUCAACCUGCAGGUUUGAAGAAAUGACCAUGAACCACUUGGCAGCUGAAAAUAUAAUUUAUCAUGAGGUGUUUGAUAAUGACAUGGCGACACAUGUGGUGACAGCAGUGCUGUAUGGAGCAGACGCCUGCUUUGUGUUUGACAGAGAAGUUUCAGCAGAUGAGAACAAAAGUACAGUAGAAGGAGAAGCAAAAGUGGUUCUUGAGAAACUCAAAUUAAUUUCAGGAGAUGCAAACAUCAAUCUGAAGAUGAAUGAAGCUCAGAAGAAUGCAGUUCAGAAUUUCACAUGCACAUUUUAUGGUGAUUUCCAGUUACCGUCUAACCCGACCUCUUUUGAAGAUGCUCUGAAGGUUUUCACUGAUCUUCCAAAACUGCUGGGAGAAAAGAAAGAGCUGGCGGUUCCUCUGAGAGUUUGGCUCUAUCCUCUGGACAAACUUCACUCAAAAGCUUCAAAACUUCAGAAAGACAUCAGUAUGGAUCUAAUUACGGCGACUGAAUCAGUGAUUGAGAGUUUAAAUACUGCUGAGAUGAAAUGCAGUGAUCUUCUUAAAGACUCUCCUGCUCUGACAUUUGCUGAAUUUCAUGAUAAAAUUCUGCAAAUGAAGCAAAACUGCUACAAGUACAAACUGAGACUCAUGAAGAAACUCGGCUCUCUGCUGCCAAACAUCCGUGGAGACGUGAUGAAGGAAACUGAACUGAAUGAUCUUCUUCAAGAACAUAAUAAAUCUCCAUUCAGAGGAAGAGACCUCACAGAAUGGCUGAAAGUGAGAGAAAGAGAGUCUGAGAUCAUUAAAUCAGUCCUCAGACAGCUGAAGGAUGCUGGUGCACAGGUAGAAGUCAAUCUAGAUGCCAUCUGGAUGGAUCUGGGGGUUGGAAAUCUGAUCAGUUACACAUUUACGUCAUUGGACUGCACAGAUGUGCUUAUUCUUAAACAAAUAUCCUAUCUGAGUCCUUCAGCAAAUGGAGAAACUAAUGAGAACUGCUCUGAUUCAGAGCAAAAGUCUUGGCUUAGUCCUGAAGUCAUCAAGACCAUGAAGAGCAACUUGGAGAUAUUUAAGAACUUGAUGGAUUCAAAAGACAGUAAAUCAACCAGGUUCAUUGUGUCCUCAAGAGAAAUGAAGAAUAAUCCAGGUUCCUGCAUUCUGCUGUAUGAACAUGGAUGUGAUGAAGCUGUUUGCUUUAUUCCUUUAUCUAAACCAGCCUGUCCAGUCACUAAAGAGGAAGAAAACAAAGAAAACACUGUGGUUCUGAAGGUUCCUCCAUCAUGUGCUGAUACAGUGGAGCUCAGAUUACUGUAUAAACCGAAGCAGGACUCAGUCUGGACGUCUAAACCUGUGAUGAAGAAUCAAAACACAGUUACUCUGACUGAUCUGAGAUCAGGAACUGAAUAUGAGAUCAAAUGUGCAGCAGUGGGGAAACUCAACUACACCACAGACAGUGAUGUCAUUGAAGUUACCACAGAGGGAAGGAACAGAUCAGUUAUGGCAUACUGUGGCUUGAUGAAUCAAGGAGCCACCAGCUACUUGAACGCAGUUCUGCAAACCCUCUACAUGACGCAGGAGUACAGGGAACAUGUUAUGAGACUGGAGAGAAGAGAGGAUUCCUCUGAUGGCGACUUCAUUGAAGAGCUGAAGUCACUGUUUGAUAAGUUAGACAAAGAGUCUCGUCCAGUUUCAACAGCUGGAAUCUCAAGGAGCCUUGGCAUCACUGAUGUUUAUAAACACGAAGAUGCAGCAAAGUAUCUAGAUCUGAUUCUGAGCAAAACUCCGGAGCCCUGUAAGAUUUUUAAGGGCACUAUGAAGAAAACUUGUAGCUGUGAACAAACGAUAUCAGAGCAGAGUGAUUUCUUCAAAAUAAGCAUCUCUCUUACAGAAUCAAACAAUGUGGAACAUGCUUUGAAGUUAAGCAUUCGUGAAAUGCGUGAAUCUUCUGUAAGCUGCAGUCACUGUUCACAAACAAAAACCAAGGCAAAUCUGUUCUCUACAGAUAUUGACUUUCCACAAAUUCUCAUUCUACAAUUGAGGUCCUUCAGAAAUGACAAGAACCUGAUAAUUCCUUCCUAUACUGAGGUAUCCACCCACAGGUAUGAGCUUUAUGCCAUAGUAAACCUUUAUGGUACAUUAAAGGAUGGACACUAUAAUGCUGACAUCAAACCUGACGAUCAAAAUUGGUAUAGAUUUGAUGACAGCCAUGUAUUCCAGGUUCCUUACACGGUGCGGUUUAAUAAAACCAGUUCUUCAUCUGCCUAUCUAGUCUUGUACAAACGCACAACUAAAGAUUUUAAAAAUCUUAACAGGAAAGAAUGUGUGCUUCAAUGAACACAGAACAAAACGUCAUAUCAGAGACAUACAGAAUGUGCCUGUGGAUCACCAGGAAGAACCACACGUUUACAUCAUGAAUCUGAAAUCAAAGUUAAGCUUGUCAUGUUUGUGAUAUUAAAUAGAUGUUGCAAA